GUAAAUUUUCAGUUGUUUUCCAGACAAACUAUUUUUAGAUGAUAUCCUACUGAAAUAAAAUGAAUACUGUGAACAACAGCUGUCAAUUAAGGAAAACAUGAUAAAAAGAUGGCGACGUCGAUGAAUGAAAAAGGCAGUGAUACCGUUUCUAUAUUUUCUCCAAUUCUGACGCAGAUUCUUUCAUCAGCAGAAAUAGCUUCUUCUAAGGUGAAGAAAGUUCUAAAUGAUGAAUCGGUGAAAGAAGUGAAAAUCAGUAAAGAUGGAGAGACUGAAAAGGUUAAGAAGUUAUUAGAUCUGUUUGUUCAAAGCCAGGAUGAGGGUAAAUGGAAUAUACUGAAUGAGGUUUUGGAAAAUAUAGGUUUUAUAUUUUUGCCAAAGGUGUUAGAAAAAGAACAUAGUUUAACAGUACAGGAACAAAUGAAAAACAUAGUAAAUUGUCUUUAUAAAGUUGACAUUAAGACUCAGCCGUUAUCUCAAAUUGCCAAAAAUCAUGGUUUAUUAACCGAGUCAGAUCUACAAGACAUAGGAACAGAAUGUCUAAAUCAAGAGGAGAAGGCAGCAUUGAUAGUAUUGAUUGACAGGAUUGUAACUCCGCCUCCUGAUGAGUGGUAUGAUGAAUUCCUUACAUGUUUAUGUGAAGCAGGGCACCAAGAGGCUGUCAAGAGAAUGAAGCAAGACUCAAUACCUCAAGAUGACUGUGGGGCUGUUGAAGCAACAAAACCAGAUGAUUAUUCAACUGAUGUUCAUUGGAGAAAACUUAUCAUGGAAUUGUUUUACAAUAAUUUGAUAACUUCAGUUAAAGCCUCGGAAAUCCUCAUUAACCUGUCAUCUGUGUUUAACUUAGAUGAAAAGAGGAGUAUUAGACAGACAGAGAGAAAUAAAACUUCAGAAGAAGCUAUGCAAUUACUCUUGGAUAAAUUUGAUAAGAAAGAAUCUCCUGGGAAGUGGAAAGAAUUAAGAACAGCUCUUGUUGAAGCAGAUUAUGAAUGGAUAAUAAGAGCAAUUGAAGGUGAUGAUGUUAAUUUUACCGAACGAACAACAUGGCAGAAUAUGAUUAAUCUUUUUACCAAAGAGUUAGCCAGUAAGAUAAUUCCAAGCCAAAUUCUACAUGACUUGUGUACAGAGAAGAUAAUAAGUAAAGAGGAAUCUGAAGAAAUAAAAAAAGAAGAGCAAAAUAAAGGGGACAUAAGUGCGGCAUUCCUUCUGUUAACCAGUAUCCCCAGAAUGCAUCCAGAGUGGUAUCCUAAAUUCAUGGAGAUUCUCUUUUUGAAUGGUUGGGAUGAAACUGUAGCAUGUGUUGAUUCGGAUGAAUGGAAACGAUUGAACCACAAGCAUGAACAAAAGAUGUCGGACAAUGCUAAGUAUUAUGCUAAUCAAAGUUUAUGUAUUAAUAUGGAGAAAGGAAACUUGAAGAAAACACUGCCAUCUAAAUUCCAACAGUCAGAUAUUCAAGAAAACUAUGCAUCUUAUACAGAAAAGCCAAGAAUAUCCAAUAACAACCUGAGUUCAAAUGACAGGCUGGAACAAGAUGAUGGACACUAUAUACACAGAUCUACAAUGAUGGAAUUGUCUAUUGAUGACAAUAACCCAUUGAAUGAUGAACAUGAUGAAAUUACCAGAGAAAAACAAUUAGCAAGUACCUCUCAGAUUCAACUGCCAGUUCCUGUAAGGAGAGGUCAAAUAGGUCAGAACCUUCCGUCAGUACCAGAGACAUCUGUCAAUGAACCCCAGUCAACAGAUGAGGAAUAUGUUCAACCAGACUCAAUCAUGCUACAGGAUGUCAAAAGGAACCUAGAAAUGGAAGUUAAUGGGGAACCAGAGCAAAAUAUUCCUGUAAAUGUUUUUGAGGACAUGAAAAUUGACUCUGAUUCUGAGGAUGAUGGACCAAGUCAACCACCAGAACUAUUAACCUUGAGGAGUUAUCAGAAAGAGCUGGCAGCCCCAGGAUUACAGGGCAAAAAUUGUAUUAUUGUGGCACCUACUGGUAGUGGCAAAACACAUGUGGCCCUCAAAAUCAUGCUGGAGCAUAUGAAUCAGGUCAGAGCAAGGCGUCACCCCAAGGUUAUUUUUUUGGUUGAACAAGGAGCACUAGCACAGCAACAAGCAAAGAUGUGUAUAAAGUACUUACCUUGUAAAGUUAAAUUGAUCACUGGAGAAACACAGAGGAAUGAAAGACAAAAAAGUUUCUCAGAAUGGCUUGCAAAACGUGACAUCUUGGUAGUAACAGCACAACUACUGGUGAAUGCCUUGAUAGAACAAGAUGUAACCAUUGAUGACUUUACAUUGAUGGUUUUUGAUGAAUGUCAUCAUGCCCAUGCUAAUCAUUCAUACAACCGAAUCAUGCAGGCUUACAUGGAUCAGAAAAUCAAAAAUGAAGCAGAAAGGAACAAACUACCAAUGAUUGUAGGUUUAACAGCUUCAGUAGGAGUAGGAAGGGCCAAAACAACCGAAGGAGCCAUUGACUGGAUCAAAACUAUGAUGGCUAACAUGGAUGCUGAAGAACUGGCUACUGUCAGGGUUAACAUUGAUGAGUUGUCUGAGUAUGUUAUUGUCCCAGAACAAGUGAUAAAGCGCACUGCUCGUAGAACAAAGAACUAUUUUGGAGAAGCUGUAGGAAAGAUCAUGGAAGUUACUGAACGGUAUAUGAAGCAAUCUGCAUAUGCUGAUGGUCUUGGUGCAGAUAAAGAUAAGAUUUUAAAGGCACCACCGGUCAAAGGUUCUGACCAAUACACUCAGUGGAUUAGUAACUUGUGGAGACAAACAGCUAAAGUCUUCAACCAGGAGGCUAGAAGAUUCUUCACAACUUGUAGAACCUAUCUAGAUCUUUACAACAGAGCCUUGAUUAUAUAUGAAGAUGCAAGAGUAAAGGAUGCCUUAGAUUUUCUUGAGGAUAAUGUGAGAAAAGUCAAUGAGAAUAUAAUUGCUGAUGAAACAGACAACAAAAUGAAUACACUCUAUAAAAAGAGCAAGGUAUUAAUGGACCACUGUGUUAACGAUGUUAACCAUCAAAAUCCCAAACUAGACACUUUAAGAAUCCUGAUAGCAAAAACAUACAAAGAAAAUAUGGAUUCCAGGGGAAUUGUCUUUGUCAAAACAAGAGAUUUGGUGAUAGCUAUACAAAACUGGAUGAAGGAAACGGAUGGACUGAAAGCUUUAAAUCCUGUUAAGUUUGUUGGUGCUCAGGCUAGUGGAGAGAAGGGAGGUAUGACAAAGAAUGAUCAAGACAAUAUACUGCAGUAUUUUAAAGAAGGGAAACAUAAACUAAUUAUAGCCACAUCUGUAGCAGAAGAAGGGCUAGAUAUACAGAAAUGUAACCUUGUCAUUAGAUAUGAUCAUGUGACAAAUGAAAUAGCCAUGGUGCAAGCUAGAGGGAGAGGAAGAGCUGAAGGAAGCAAGUAUUACGUAAUUGCCAGUGAAGAAAAGAUGACAGCGGAAAAAGAAGAAUUGAACAUGAUGAGGGAAGCUAGAAUGAAUCAGGCAAUUAUUCAUCUACAAGACUUUAUACGUGAUCACAGACAGACGUUUAUACAAGAAAUAAAUGAUUUACAAUUGGAGGCCAAUAUCCAACAGGAGUUGGAAAAUACAAACAAAGGAGGAAGAAUCAUUGGUGAUUUUGAGUUUGAAAUGAGAUGUGGAAAGUGUAAUGAAUUCAUCUGUAUGUCAAAAGACAUUAAGAAGAUUCAGGCUGCUCAUCAUGCUGUGAUUGGAGAAGAAAUAGCGAAUCAUAUUAAUACAAUUAGGAUGCCGAAACCAACUUUUGAAGAUGACAAUAUAAAAAUGGGUUGUGGUAAAGUCAAUUGUAAGAAAUGUGGAAAAAAUCUUGGAAAUAUUGUUAUUUAUAGAAAAGCACAAUUUCCAGUUCUGAAAAUUGAAAACUUCUUGGUAUCUGAUAGCCAUGGUAACACAGAUGUGUACAAAAAAUGGAAAAAUUCCCCCUUUGUACCUCUAGAAUUAUCAUCACAAAAUUUAUUGGAUAGAGCCAGGGGAGUACAGUACAUUUUUGAAAGUUGAAGAAAAGCAGAAAAUAUGUUAUCCUUCAUCCGUUGCUUUUUUACGUCCCACCUUCAAGUCAUGUUAAGGUUUAUGACCCCUUAUGUAUCACUGUGUAUUUUAAAUAGAUGUGUUUGAGCUUUUGAUUUUGUCAUUUGAUAAGGGACAUUUUGUUUUGAAUUUUUCUUAAUAGUUCAGUGUUUUUGUUAUUUUUCCUUUAAAAAAUUUCAAAGUGUAAUUAUAUCAAAACAGCAAAAAUACUGAAUAAAAGAGAUCUACAAUUUUUUUAAUAUGCCAAAGAGAAGAUGUUGUUCAUAGAAAUUUUUCAAUAUUGUCAUGUUUUAAACAGACAUUUUAAUUUAAUUACCUAUGAAGUAUUUUUUAUAUCUAAUACAACAAUAAUAUAAACAUAAUAUGGCAAAUUUUAUAUAUUUAUUAUUUGAUUACAUCAAAAGGCUUGUAAAUAAGAUGUAUUUUUUUUUUAAUUGCAUGUAACAUACAGUCUUUCAUAAAUGUUAUUUAUAUGUUUGUCCAGUAGGACACUGCAUCAAAGAUGUAGAAGAUUUACAGUAUUAUCUUUUUGACCAUUGAUUAUAAUAUACAUAGUUUACACUCUUUGUAGUGGAUUGAUGAACAAGCUAGUUUUGUAUAUUAUGACAAAGGAGUAGGUUCGAUAAGGCCCUAAAAUGGCCCCCUUUUUUAGCCUAAAUUUCAAAUUGGGAUUUAUUGACCAAUGUCACAAUGAAUAAUAGCUUAUACAGUGACAAGAUAGGAAAUAAGUCUAGUUUUGUAUAUUAUGACAAAUUUUUAUUACGGUAGAUUGUGUUAAUUUGUUGUAUGCUACUGUUAGUCUGUGCAUGGACAGAAUAAUAACUUUUAAAGUUGUAAUAGAAAAACAAAGAUAUGGUAUAGUCAAGAGGAAGUUACCAUAUUAUAUAUGAAUAAGAGAGUUAUCACUCCUCAACCAAUCAUGUGGUAUUGAGUAUUGCGGAAUACUGUUCUAUAGUUAUAUUAUUUAUGCUUUAGCAAAGCACAAAAAAUUGAUAAAGAGGGAAAUUUUCAUUUGGAUCUAAUUCUUUUUUAAAUGCAUUUUCGUCUAUAUUGAUAAGGUGGUAUGGGUGUCUUCCUCCAACUUGGAUUGUAAAAAACAGAGAACCAAAGGUCCAGAUUUUCCAUCUAGUUAGCAAAAUUUGAUGCAGCAAUGCAGAUAUUUAAUGUGAAUUUUCAUUUAUAAGAACCAAUUUAUUAGAAUAUAACUUAUAAAUAUUAAUAUUUUUGCAAAUGUUAAUUCAUUUUGGUUGUUUAUAUAUUUUUUUUAAAAUUGGCAUUUUAAGGGGAGUUAACUCUAAAACAGUGCAUUUUCUGAAGGAUUCUACAUGGAAUUUUCCUAUUUUGUAUUUUAGCCGGAAAAAACCAACGGUGACCCUAUCUUUUCUUUUGAUAUUCUCAAAGCAGUGUCUGAAAGAUUUCUUUUCUUGAAGUAUUUAACAAUUCUAUCAUUUUGUUUAGUUUCUAAUCACAAAAUGGUGUUUUUUCCUGUAUAAUCCAUACAAAAUGUGUCAUUUUGUCCCGUCCUGUAGCUUGAGAAAAUGCGCGGUGACCUAUAAUUUUUAUUAUAUUUUUCAACAUGUAUCAAUAGAUACUACGUUUUGGCAAAGUAUGAACAAAUUCUAUCAUUUUUAUUUCAGACUCCCAUACCACCUUUUUGCUGUAUAAUGAUUUGUUUUUCAAUCAUUGUUUUGUACAUGAAAUCAAGCUACAUUUGUAUUAGUUUUCUGGUUUGGUUUUAUCAUAUUGGAGCCUUUUAUAGCUGACUGUGCCAUAUGGGUUUUACUCAUUGUUGAAGGUUGUACAGUGACCUAUACUUCUUAACAAUAUAAAACAAUAAGCAUGAAUUUAUGUCUUUCUUAAAUAUUGACCCAUCAAUUAUAAUCAAUAGUUGUAUAGUUAAAUGACUAUGCAGUAUUGCUGGAGAAGAUCUGCCUAUAAACCAUAAGUCAUAAAAGGAAAUGAUGAAUUAUAUCUCAUUCACUUAUUUAUCUAAUUUGCCUACUGAAGUUGACAUUUCAUGCUGUAUCAUUUGCUAUUAUUAGUUGAUUUACUUAUUGACAAAAUGAUGUAAUUGUAAUUCAAGGUGGUACCUAACAUUACAGGGAGAUAACUCUGUAAAAUACGCUAAAUAUUUUAAUAAUGUUGUAUUGUUACCAGUGUAUGUUAGAAAAUGACUUGUUUCCUUAAGGUGGGGAUUUUAUACUGUAUACUACAAGCAACAAUUCAAGAAUUGAAGUAAGAGAUGAACUAGAAAAAUUUUGGUAGAUGAAUUGUAUAGCAGAAUUAAGAAUUAUGACAGUGCCAUAUAUUUAUUUUUAUAAUUGUUUUGAGCAUUGUGUUUAAUGAAUUGUGUGUGUUGUAAAUUUGUAGCGAGUAGGUUUUGUUUUUGAGACUUAAAAAGUUUUCACAUACAUGGAAUUUUUACUACAUGUUUAUGAUUGUUAUACUAUUAUUAUUUAUUUCACUAAAUUUUGUCUUAUUUAAUUGAAAUCCAUUGUUAUUCAUCAAUAAAUUAUUAAACCAG